AUGAAUGUUCGUUCACGAAACAAGCUCAGACUUAAUCCAAGGCGAAAUCAGUGCUUUUCUGCUGUUUUGUUAAAAGGUGUAAACUUGUUGAAAACAAAAGCGAAGCAGAAUCAAAAAGAGCUUGAGAAAUUGUAUAAAUGUGGCAACGGGGCUCUCGUUUGGGGAAUUAAAUUAGUCAAGAGCACAAAUUGCAUACUUAUGAUGGAAAAUGAAAAGGCGAUUUCAUGCAUGGGAGUUAACGACAGCAUCUACAAGACGACAAUUACGACUCAACCAAGCCUCAAAUUAGAAACACAAUAA